AUGGUCAACGUCUUCGUCAUCGUUGCAGCGCUCUUUUUUGUGCUUUGUGGCUGUGUGGACAAUAACAACGUACCCUGCAAAGAUCUAAAGCCGUGUAUAACUACUUAUUUUGCUAAGGCUGACAAAAUAAAGCCAGGUGUCGUUGGAUGCAUCUCAUUCAAAUACACACCUGAUGGAUUUUGCGAUGAGUACGAGAAACGUGUGAUUGGCCUAGCGGAUAUGACAAAAUUUGUAAGUCGUACCCAUAGCCCAGCGCACGAAUCCAUUCGGUUGUAUGAAUGA